CUUCUUGGGGUUCGAGGCAUCUUUGAGCACAGCCAGGGCGCAGGCACAGUUCAAUGAAGAUGGCUCUGUCCCAGGCUGAUAGCGCGCUGGUCCUAGCGCUAUGGAAGAAGAUGAGCAGCAACGUCGGAAUCUACGCAACCGAGGCCUUGGAAAGGACCUUCGUGGCUUUUCCUUCCACCAAAACCUACUUCCCACACUUGGACCUGAGGCCAGGCUCUAGCCAGGUUAAAGCCCACGCCCAAAAGGUGGCCCGUGCACUGACUCUCGCCGCCCACCACCUGGACGACCUGCCCGGUUCUCUGUCUGCUCUUGGCGAUCUGCAUGCGCACAAGCUCCGCGUGGAGCCCGCUAACUUUGAGUUCUUCAGCCACUGUCUACUUGUGACUCUUGCCCGACACUAUCCUGGAGACUUCAGUCCGGAGAUGCAUGCCUCCCUGGACAAGUUUCUGAGCCAUGUGACUUCAGCACUUGUCUCCAAGUAUCGCUGAACUGAAGAUGUGCGGUGGUGUGGUCUUCAGGCAUGCCCUUCCUCAAGCUCACAGAAUUCGAGUAAACCUCCCCAGGGCGACAUUGCUGUCUUCUCUGUAGAGAGACACAGGAGAAAUGUACACAGCGCUCCUAGGAUCCC